AUGGGAACAUCAAAAAUCCUCUUAUUUUAUGCAGCAGUUUUGUCUCAGAAGUGCAUUUAUCCUACUUAUGAUUAUACUCAUUGUUUAUGCGACUCACUGGAGAACAUUACACAUUCGUUAUGUACCAAAGAAUUUCAGUCGAGACGUAGCAGCUAUUAUUGGCUUUGUAAUGCCCUGGAUAUCUAUUGUCCUGUACAAUGGGAAUAUGGUCGCCUGAACAUCAAUUAUACAGUCGUUUCGAAGCGCAAAAUCAAAGCUUUGAUUGAUAAUAAAAUUAUCCGAGAUUGGGAUGAUCCGAGACUAUUCACGCUAACAGCGCUUCGUCGCCGGGGUGUUCCUCCAGAAGCAAUAAAUAUGUUUGUGGCACGCCUUGGCCUAUCCACUGCCCAGACAUCCAUUGAUCCUCAAAUGCUAGAUGCGGCAAUUCGUGAUUACUUGAAUCUAACUGCACCGAGAACAAUGGCAGUAUUGGAUCCGUUAAAAGUAACGAUCGAAAAUUUCGAUGAAUUAGGUUUUGGACACUCAAUCGGUGUACCAGAUUUUCCACUAAAUCCGGACUCUGGUGGUCAUCAUUUUGUUGCCGUUGAUCGUGACAUCUACAUAGAACGUUCGGAUUAUCGAGAGGGUGAAGGUGAUAAAAAUUUCCGCCGAUUGACCAGUUCGCAGCCUGUUGGCUUGAAAUAUCUCGGGAUCGCGGUCUCAGUCACGCGUGUAUUCAAGGUUGCUUUUCUUGAAAUAGAUUCAAGCAGGAGAGACAAACUUAUGUGGAAAGAAGUUGAUGACUUCUACAAGAAUUCAUUCUUUUUCUUAUCAGCAGAUCCCUUAUCCUUCCUGUGGUUGCUACGAUGGAAUCUCUUGUCGCGGAAAACCUGCGAAAAGCUGGCCGAUAAGCUGAAAUAA